AUGCCAUUUCCAUGCUUGCUUUACAUUAGGUUUGAAGGAAAUGCUUGGAUUGGUGAACUGCAUGUUGGUGCAAGUGGAAGGUGGAAGCUGACGGUGGAAGCCAACUUAGAUAUAAGAGAAGACAAAGACAUAAUAAAUUCAUCUCCAACAGCAGAAAUUAUGCCAAUAAUCAGACUACAAUAUGGAUGCAGCCACAUAAUUAAAAUUCCUGUACAAGAUCCAGACAAUGAUGUUGUGAGAUGUCGCUUAGCAAAAGGCGAGGAAGAAUGUGGAGACGUGUGCUCUGGUUUCCCCAACUCACAUUUGGAUAAUGACGCAUGUACCAUCUACUAUGAGGCUAAGUAUAAACUCGGUUGGUAUGCUGUUGCGUUGCAAGUGGAAGAUUUUAUGGAUAUUAAUUCAACGACCCCGUUUAGCAGUAUUCCCGUGCAGUUCCUUGUUCAUAUAUACAAUUCCACAGAAUCAUGUAUGAAGACAACCGUUUUUAUAGAACCUACUCCGAAAGAGGAUGCAUGCAUUGGCGUACCUCAUGAUCAAAUUUAUUCUUCAUCAAUAGUUGCUCGGGUUCUAAGCGCUAAUCAAAGAUCGGAGAGUGAAAAAAGAUGUAUCAAACUUCUGGCUGGAGUUUCUCCGCCACAUUUUGUUAACGGGUCACAGUACCCAUUGGGGAACAUUUACAGCAACGAAAGCAACUGGGUCAUCAGAGCAGAUUCCGAUUUUGUUCAAGCAUCUCGGCCUUCCUUUAUUAGUUUGUACAACAGUAAAGGUGUUCUUAUUGAAAGAAUAAACGCUUCUGAUCCAAAAGCAUUGACCCUAGAUACCGGCAGGGUAUUGAAAGGAACGUCAUACUGUGGUGCAGAAUCUGCAGCUAUUGAUGAUCCCUUCUUCUGGAGAGUACGGAUACGUGAUGUCACUCCGCCACAUAUAACAUUGACUGCGAAGUCGGAUAAAACCAAUGCAACUGCAGACUUUGAAUGGACUGUUAACGAAAUUGUUAACACGACCUGUACCCUUACGUAUCCUUACGGUACUAGCAAAACAUUCGUCUGUGACCAAAGAUGGACAGGAACUGAUCUACAGGAAGGACAAUAUUGUUUAAUGAUAAACGCUACAGACCUUGAAGGAAACAGUGCAUUAGUUACCCAUAAUUGGUCAGUAGAUUUAACACCACCAGGUAUUACAUUUUUGAAGACACCGUCAAAACUGAGCAAUGAAACUAUUGUAUCCUUUAAAUGGGCGUGCACAAACCCCUGUUACACCUCUUGCUUCGUAGAUGAACAACAUCAGUCCUUGGACUGUUCAGGAAGACAACUAACAUGGAACAUACCUCUUACAUCAAAUGUCGCUUACAAUCUAAAUCUUGAAGCUGUCGAUGAAGUAUGGAACAAGGCAGUUAUAAACUACACAUGGACUACUGAUUUCAGUCCCCCCGAAGUAGAGUUUUGUGAAAAUGGACAGAGAAUGACCGUUGAUUGUACAAGCGAUUUCUCUCCAGAAGUAAUAUGUAACGUCACAGUAAAGGAUAAUAUGGAUUUGUCGCCACAAUUAGUUUACUCAGAUACGAAUGCCGGACCAUGUGCUUUUGACAGAACAUGGACCGCGACUGAUAAUGCUGGAAAUUUGAACAAAUAUGUACAAAAUGUACAUAUUAAGUCAGCAAAACCCAUGCAUAUAACUCAUUAUCCAGGCCCUGUAUCGGUGGCCUGUGGUGCUCUAGACGAGAUGACUGAUAUUCUUAAAUCUAUGAUUGAAGUUAAGCACCCAUGUAACCUAGACGUAAAUAUUACAUUUAAAGAUAAUGCGAGUGAACGGUGUGAUCUUCUUAUCAAAAGGUCAUGGACGAUUUCAGAUAACUGCGGUAACAAUAUUAAGUUCUACCAGUUUCUUAAAAUUCGACAGGCUGAAGUACCACUGGCUCCAGAAAACGGCCAAACGGGAGUUGAACUCAACCCUUUUUUGCGUUGGCAACAGGCAUCUUCGAGAAUUCGUUACGAAAUAUAUUUGUGGGAGCGAGAUGCGACAAGACCUAAAUCUUCUGAGUUUACUUCAGUCAAUAAUCAUUGUCAAGCAAAGUCACUGAAACCAGGCACAAUGUACAGAUGGCAAGUUGUUUUCAAAUAUGGUUACAAUGAAUCCAACCUAAGUCCUGUCUGGGUUUUUGAGACCCGUGAUUUUGCUGAUUUAUCUGUAAAGUCAAUUAUAGUGCCACAAUCUGGAUUUACCGAUCAAUUCUGUACGAUAGAAUGGACAGUUAUAAAUACCGGAGGUAUAGCAACGCAGCGUAGCCACUGGACUGAUGCAGUUUUCUUCUCAUGGGACAAAAACUUCCAGAAUGCAAAAUUAGUCGCCACUGUUGAACAAAGAAACAUUCUGUAUCAAAAUGACAGCUAUAUGUCAACUGCUAGAUUUCUGCUAGAAAGAGAGGCAUUCGGCUUUGCUUAUGUAUUUGUCCAUACUGACUAUCAUAACUAUUUAGGCGAACUGGACGAAAUAAACAACCUGAUGCUAAGUAAAUCAGCAAUUGACGUGAAAUUGACCCCUCCGCCAGAUCUGAAAGUAAUCUCUAUCAAGCUCCCACUUGGAAGAAUAUUUUCUGGAACCUCUGUAAUGAUUUCAUGGACUAUUGUAAAUACUGGAAAGGGGACAACAAAAUCUGGACAUUGGUCUGAUAGGAUAAUACUUUCACCAACAAAUACAUUGGGUUCUAACACAAGAACAUUAUUGACUGUUAAGCAUUCUGGAAAUUUGCAUACAAAUGAGAACUAUACCCAUACAUUGCUCAUACCCAUACCAGAAUUUAUCUUUGGUCAGUUUUACCUGCUUAUACAAGCUGAUAUCUACAACCAAGUAUUUGAAUACCUUAGUGAGAAUAAUACAUUCGCAAGUCAGACGGCAUUGGAUGUUUUACUUGCCCCACCCCCAGACCUUGACCUAGAAGGAAUUCACACACCGCAAACCUGGACCACGGGUGACACAGUCACUAUCACUUGGACGGUAGGAAAUAAAGGAAGCAAUUCUCCAAAGUCACAGAUGUAUUGGCAAGACGCUGUCAGGUUGGUAUCGAAGUUUGGCAAUCAUCUAAUCGGUUCAAGUACACAUUUCGGAGGUCUGGCUGCAUUAGAGAAAUACAAGUCGACUUUGACAUACUAUGUGUCACCCGACACGCGUUCCGGGGAAUACAACGUGACAAUAACAACUGACUUCAAACAUGGUUUAUUUGAAUAUAAUAUGACUGAAAACAAUAAACGGUCAACAAUGGUUAGAGUUAUACAAGCUCUGCCAGAUUUAAGAGUACAGAAUUUCACAGUAUCUGCUGUUUAUGCAAUGAACUCGACAUAUAUUAACGUGACAUGGGUGGUAAAAAAUGUUGGGAAAGGAAUGUGUCUCUCCAGUGAAUGGAUUGACACUUUGUUUGUUGAAGAUGAUGAUAGAUAUUAUUCUGUAUUGAAAUACUUCCAUAUAAAGAAAAGAAAUCGCUUUCCUCCAGACGAAAUAUACACUCACAACGAGAUUGUUGAACUUCCUUUCAUGUUUUACGGUAAUUUGCAAUUUGGAAUUAAAAUCGAUGAUAUGUACAGCUCAACCGGUGAUCAGGAAUUACAAAAUAAUAUGUAUAUACAGCAAAAUGUCAACAUUAAUUUAAGAGCAGCUGAUUUAAUACCUAAGAGUAUGCAGGUCACCGAAAACAGCCGCGGCGGAGAAAAUGUCUCUGUGACCUACACCGUUAUUAACGAUGGGUGCUGGAACGUUUCGGGCGUAAAAUGGCAUGACAAUUUAUUUUUUACAAAUACUAUCAAUGGCGCGAGACCCGUUUAUAAUUUGGAUACUACAGUAGAUAUAAGUUUUAAUUUGAACAAAAAUCAGUCAUACACCAACACUGUGAAUUUUACACUUCCAACUGAAAUGUCUGGUACCUUUUUCGCAGUUGUCAAAGUAAAUUUUGAUGAAAAUAUUUUUGAAGGUAAUAAAACAAAGAACAAUAGACUGAUAAAGUCAUUUAAUAUUAAAAGCGCUCCGACUCCUGACUUGGCAGUGACAUAUAUCUCAGCAAAUACAACUAACGCUUUGAGUAAAAACAAAAUGCUUUCUGUAGAAUGGACGGUUAAAAAUAUCGGAAACUCAAUGCAAACAGUUCAGACAUGGAAGGACACUGUCAUUAUAAAGCGUAUUAUAGAAACAGAAUCUGCCUUAGCAAAAAUGACAUACAUGAUAACACAUAAUUUAGAAACUUUGUCUUCUUAUAGACAAGAAAGACAAUUUGUAAUCCCCUCAUAUAUAUCAGGAGCUAUUUAUGUAUGUGUCAAAACAGAUGAGUUUUCAUCCUUAUAUGAAAUGAACUCAAUGGAUAAUAAUAUCAUGUGUCAGAGAAAACCGGUAUUUGUCAGAGAACUAUCAGCUGCACAGUUAUCUGCAAAAAUUGUAAACCUUACUACCGAAAGUGAAAAGAACUUAAUACUACCAGGUUCGAAUAUCAUAGUUGAAUAUUCCGUCAAAAAUAUUGGAGAAACACCUACUGAUUUAUCAUCGUGGAUUGAUACAAUUUAUAUGACAAGUUUUAAACCAGAAAACAUUACAGAAUACACGUAG